CCGAACCGGGCCGAAAAUGAUCACACCUAAUAGGCAUCAAGUAUAUAUGCCCCACGGGCCUCACAGGAGAGGCUACAACCACUCGAACCUCUGACUUCAUAAACUUUUAAAUAGCCCCUUACAUACAAUACCCAACAAAUGCACCUAAUUCGGAUUCACACCCAAACGCACCCUCUGAAUUCCGAUCCAACUACCGUUCACCACUUCCAACUCCCAACUCCCAACUCCCAAAACCAGCGAGUCAGCACUCAGCGCAGCCCACUCUACUCCCCUCUUCCAACUAAAAACUGAAAACCUAACGGCCUCAUCCUCCCAAAUUUGAUCUCCCUUUCUAUGUCGGACACAAGUCGCCGGAGUCUAACUCCGGUAAAAGGCCGGAAAAUUAGACCCCCGCAACCCCGGGCGUCGUCUCACCGGCGAACUCCGACUCCUCGGCGAUCGAAACCGUCAAAGCCCAUCAAAAUUCUGCAGCGUUGCUCAUCGGAACCAAUCCUUUGGACCGCGGCUCCGGGAUUGAUCUUGAACGACGAAGAAGACCGUUGGCCGAACACCAAUAUUCUACUCUAUCGGCCCCACACAUGUGUAGACAUCUUCAAGACAACAUCUCCCCUCUCAUCUCCGGCAUCUUUUCAUGAUAAUACAGAGGGAAACUACAGCAAGGAUGCGAAGGUGGUGGUGAAUGUAACGGUGGAAGGAAGUCCGGGACCGGUCCGGGCCAUGGUCCGAUUGUGUUCGACGGUAGAAGAGAUGAUAAGGCUUGUCGCUCACAGGUAUAACGAGGAAGGGCGAAGCCCUCUGCUAGAUGGAAAUGCCGCUUCUUCAUUCGAGUUGUUUCAGUCCUACUUCAGCCUUGAAAGUAUCGAUAAGACGGAGAAGAUUGGGGAUGUUGGGACCAGAAACUUCUACCUGCGCAAGAGCGGCAGUUGUUACAGUGAAGAGGUUGUUUCUUCAAGAGGGAAUGCUACCGUGUCAGCGUCGCCUGUGAUGCCAUUACAACCUUUCCUCCAGUUCAUGUCUUUCAUUGUCCCAAAGAUGGUGGGUAAAAUCAGUAGAAGAACGCGCAAGCUUUGGAAAAUCUUGGGUUGUAUCCAAUGUGGAUAAACCAGAGCCUAUCACCCACCUUCUCAUCUCUCUUUAUCUCUGGUGUCUGUGAAAGAAAGCUCACUUUGAUCAUGUCAAUGAUGAAGACAAUAUUUCAAUCCAAGUUGAUGUCAAUUGCACAGAACAGAUGUUAUAUAUAAAUGUAGCUUGAUUAAGAUGAUUUUUGAAAAUAAACAAAGUUGUCAUAUCAAAUCUCUGUUCUCUACCCUUUGUUUUUACGGAAAACAGAGCAUUCUCCACGUUUUAUCACGAAAAUCCAAUA